AGCCAGCAUCAGGAAAAGGACGUCGGGGCGCCGGCAUUCGUUGUCACGAUGGAGAAGCCGGAAGCGACAAGGGGAGGAAGCCGACCGGGCUCAGGUGGAAGCCGACCUGGUUCACGAGGCGUGUUGGGAGUGGCUGGUGCGAGUAUCAGCGUCAAGGAGUCAAUGGAGAUCUUGCAGAACGCCUCCAAGUCAUCUGCCAAGGCAAGGGAGGUGCAAGAAGAAGCACGGGCAGCUGUUGCCGGCAUGAAGGAAUCUGCAGCGCAAUUUGAGAAGGCUGUUGCUGAAGCCGAUGCCAAGUGCAAAUACAGCAGCAGCCUAGAUGAGAAGUGGGAGGAGUUCAAGGCCAAAUUUGAGGCUUUGAACCGCAUGGCUGUUGAAAAGAUCAUGGGUGGUGGGGGCCUCUCCUCUGAUGUCCGUCCAGCUGCACGCAUUUCCGUGGCAAGGGUGGCACAAGCCUUGCGGAGAUCUCAAAACCUGGUGGUGCUCACAGGCGCCGGCAUCAGUGCAGAGAGUGGUAUCCCCACCUUCCGUGGAGCCGAUGGCUUUUGGACCGUUGGCUCCAAGCACUACCAACCGCAGGAAUUGGCCACCUGGGAGAAAUAUAAUGAAAUGCCAGCGGAGCUGUGGCGCUGGUACCAGUACAGGUGGGGUAUUUGCCGCAAAGCGCAACCGAAUCCCGGCCACACCUCGCUGGUAGAGCUGCAGAAACUGGUGGACAUGACUCUGGUGACCCAGAAUGUGGAUGGUUUGCAUCAGCAAUCGGGCUUUGAUAUCAGCAAGCUCUGCGAGAUUCAUGGUCGGAUUGAUGAAAUGCGAUGCGAUGAGCGUUUGGAAGGCGCUUGCCUAUACAAGAUGGAUUUGAAUGACCCUGCCAACCUUGAGCGUGCACGUGCCACAGUGAUGAUGACACCGACGCCGGCCAAGGACGAAGCAGAGGAGAGACUCCCAAUGUGCCCCCAAUGCGGACAACGGCAACGGCCGAAGAUUUUGUGGUUUGAUGAAAGCUACAACGAGGCCUUCUUCAAGUGGAAAACUGUGAUGGAACAGAUGGAUAAGUGCGAUGUGCUCUUGAUCAUAGGGACUCAAUUGACCACAGGUGGCCCGAGAUCCAUGGUGCGGGCUGCACAAAGUUCGGGAGCGCUCAUCAUUCGAAUCGACCCUGAAGUUGAUCUGAAAGAUGAUGCCACUGCAGGCAUGUUGCACCUGCAAGGGAAAAGUGGUGAAGUUCUUCCGGGUCUUGUCCGCGAGGUGGCCCGCCUUUGCAAGGAGCCUCUGCUGGCCCCCCUGAAAGCUCCGGGACCCGCGAGCGGUGCCCACGUGGAGAGCAGUUCCGCCUCGGCGAGCCCGGUCCUCUCACGGACAGCGACUCGAGGCACCUCCACACCAGCGAGCACACGAAAGAGCAUGGCGCCAAGAGCACCCAGCCCUGGCAUGAAGACUUCAGCUGCCUCAGCUCCACGCGCGCCCAGCCCCGGCAUGAAGUCGUCAGCUCGAGCAAGUGCAAGUGCAGCAAGUGCAAGUCAGCUGACUUCAUCUCCCCCUACCGCUCCACCCCGGCGCAAAGGUCGAGCCGCAUCAGAGCAAGGGCAGUUGCCCGUGGGCUUCUUUGUGUAUGGAACGCUGCGCCCCGACGAUGACUCGGGUGCUUCUUGGACCAAGUCCUUUAGUGAAGGUUUGGAAGCAGAAGUGGCCUAUUUGCCAGGUGCCUCGCUCUAUAUCGAUGGGCGUUACCCAGCGGUUUGCUUUGAGGAUACCAGCUGUUCCGUGAAAGGAAUGUUGCUGAAACCUGCUUCCUCAGCCCCUCUCACAUUGCUCGCCUCCAAGCUCACUGAAGCAGAUAAUAUCGAAGGUUAUCCAGACUUGUACAGCCGGACAGUUGCCACCGUGUUAAAUGAGAAUGGGGUGGCCAGCCCUGCAUACGUUUACCAUCGCACUGGCAAAUUCGAGCGGUCCUGCUCCCUACGCAUCGCCGAUGGCGAUUGGUUGUCUCGUGUGAGGAGCUCUGCUCUUCCAAAGGAGUAGAGCGGAGCUGUGCUUGGGUUAUGGUGACAAACCAGGGGCAGAGACUUUGGCAACGCAAAGCGUUUCCUUUUUCGCAUCCCAGUGCGACAGUUGCGGUGUGCUCUCACAGGCAGUUGCGACAUGGAACCUGUACAGGCGGUUCAAUCCCCAAUUGCUGAGACGAGUUGCGUGCCGGCCAACAA